AUGACAGCUUUAGAUUUGGCUAGAAGAAAACUGGGUUGCUCAUUUUCAGGGAUGGAUGGACGGGAUAUUGCAGAGGAUAUAAGGGAUAACUUCGUCGAAAGAAGAUUAGGAUCACAGCCUAGAAGUUAUAGGUCAGUUUCGUAGUUUACACAACUUUAUAAAAUUUGUACUUCUGAUAAGAGAAUCCAAUCCAGUUUUUAAAUUAAAGUAACCUCCUCAAAGAGACUCUUUUCCUAAAUGAAAUGUCUCUUCUUGGUUAUUCCUGGCUAUGAAAGUGCUAGUUAGUCUUACUUACUAGUAACUUCACCAACAAAUUUAAUGGGAAGAAUUGACCACAAAAAUUACUUUCAAAACUGAUGCUUUUAACGGUAACACUUGGCCAGUCCAAUCCGAAUCGCUCUCAGUAUAUAUAUAAACUAAUUAUUCUCUGGUUUUUGAAACACACAUGCAGGUUUAAAGUGCAUUAUUAUGACAAAAAUCCCAAUGGCGAUGGAAAGACUAAAGUUGGCGAGGGUGAAAUUAUCUAUAUCAGGCCCAGACAUCCUGACAAAGGUGUAACACCGACCCUGCGAUGCGAGGCAUGGAAUGAUGUCGACAUAGAUCUCGAGAGGAGUCUCUGGGGGACUGGACCUGAGUUAUCCGCCGAGGAAGCUGAUCGACUGACGUUCUGUUGCUGCGAAUGUUGCCAUGGGGACACAUGUCGUGGCUUUUCCGAGGCGGUGUGUGGAGCUUUUCCACAGCAUGUAACAAUUAAUCAGUGUUUUACUCCAUCCAUGUUCUCGGCUUACCACAGAGAAGGUUACAGAUCCAGCAUGGAGGCUGAAAUAGAGGAGUUUAUGUCCGAUGAAGAUUAUGAUGCUAUAUCAACGGCAUUAGUAGUUUAAACUAUGUUUACACGAGUAUAGUAUGAACACCUAUCCGAUAUGUGACUCUCCCUUUUGAGAUCGGCGUGACGCACCUUCGCUCCGUUACAGAAAUGGCGCCAAAAUCAUGCGCUGUUGGUAUGUGCCGGAACAGAAGUGCUAUGGUUUCCUUGUCGGCGCAUGCGCAAAAGCUAUCCGGUUUAUUGAGUGUACAUAGAGUGUCGUAGCCUAAGGACAAUGAGUCAAAUACACGCAGCAGUCGGCUGCCGUUCAUGACUCUUAACACCCUUGAAUGAAAUCUCUUGAAAUCGUUUCCGCGGGAGAAAAUCACUGCAAGAAGGAGGGUUUAAAAAGGCUUGUCGAAGGAACCCAUAACGUUCAAUUUUUGUCCGUUUAGGCCUUUCGGACCUUUCCAGGAUAGAAAAAAGGGUGAAAUCAUUUUGGUCUAUAAAAGACACCUGAAGUCAUAACACGCAAUAUUGAAGCUCUGUACAUUAACAAGUUGUGGCUAGAAAAUAUUAUUCCGUUACCUCUCACAGCAAGGAGCCCAAAAGUGUGACCGCUUUUGCUUUAUUCACAUGCUUUCGUGCAGAUUUAAUCCAAUCAGAAGCCAGCUGGAAACUGUCCUCGACUUCUGAUUGGUUAUUGUCAUCACGAAAGAAUGUGAAUUAAUUAAAGGAGUUAACACUUUUGGGCUCCUUGCUGUACCGACUAUAAGCCUUAAAAUUUCCAUUUUUGGCUGUUUUAAGGCUAACGGUUAACUCCCAUUAACGUAAUGAAAGGGUAGCGGACACGAAAUUCUAUAUCAACGACAGAAGAGGAGCUAUUGAAUUGAAAGCGAAUGACACCAUUGCGGUUCGAAGGCAGACCAGAACAAUAAGCUUCGAUGGAGUGAACCAUUCCAUUCUCUCCCAGUUUCUUUUUCUUUUUUUGCUUAGACAUCUGCGAGCACAAAAUGGAUAGCGCUCAGUUCUCAUUACUGUGGUAAAAUUAUAAUUUACAAGCUUAAUUUCAGAUUAAAACAAUUUUAUUUAAUAUCCCACUGGUUCAUCAACACAGUUUCUUAAAAAUUCAAUACCUUUAUUAAUUCAACAGUUGCAGCUUAAUAUAUUUUUAUAGAACAUAUAGCUUACAACCCACUAUUCCACAUUCUUUAUGUUGCUUAUCCUUUCAGCUUCUUUACAUUACAUAAAGCUUAUAAUGUAUAACGUUGUAUACAUUAACCAAAUCUCAUUCACUUUAGACGCAAAACAAAUAUCUACCCUCAAACAGAAAUAUUCUUGAACUGAGUUUUAAUGUUUAUAUGACAUCAACAAUGAAAAUAUAUAUUUUAUUUUUAUCACAAACACCAG